GUCUCAAUGAGGAUCUGAAAAAAAUACAAGUGUUUCCUGUGGAAUGUACAAUUCCCCCAUCCAUCCACACUCAAGACAUGAGAGCAUCAUCACGCCACUCUUAAUGGAUUAUCAAACAUUUGUGCACCAGUGUUCAUUGAGUUAGCAUCGAGAAAGCCUCGGCAUUGGGUCGAUUUUGCUGAUCUACUUUGUGACUUCAGAUUGAUACGAAAUAAUCACACUGGAAGGCAGUAAGAAAUCUCUAAGAAUGGGUGGAGUCUCUCUUCAGUCGAUUUUCAACGUCAUCGUUGGUGCUGGGCUAUUUCUGAUUUGUUCGUCUGGAUUCUUCAAGUUCCAACAAAUUGACAAUAAGCUGGAAGGACUUCCGGCGUUAGGUCACGGAAUCAGCAAACGUGGACUACGUGGACCAUCAAUGACUGCCGCUACUGAUAUGCCUCCUGAAAGGCAUAGAAGCUGCACCAUUCAAUGUCCACGUGGCCCACCUGGACCAGAGGGUGCAAAGGCAAUACCUGGUGUACCCGGAGUCCCAGGAGUUCCCGGUGAUAAUGGCGAGCCUGGUUGCAAAGGUGACCCAGGACCAGCAGGCAAGAUAGGUGCACCGGGUAAGCCAGGAGCACCGGGUGAAACGGGACAUCAUGGCAAGACGGGACGGACGGGACACCCAGGAAGAGCCGGGAAAACUGCUCAUGGACAGAACUUUACGUCAUGUGAUGCCCUAAAAAAGGCGGGUGUUGAGUUUAAUGGUGUUUACACGAUUGAUCCCGAUGGUCCAAACACUGGAUUGGAUCCAUUCUCGGUAGUCUGUGAUAUGACAUCAGACAUAACAAUAGGUUAUACAACAAUUGAUCACGAUAAGGAGGAAGAUGGAAGCGUGAACAAUGCCGAGGAGGUGGGCUCAUUCCAAGUUAAUAUCACUUACGAUCUCACCUCACAACAAAUAACAGCUAUCAAAAACGUAUCAUCUUCGUGUAGACAAUUUAUUAAGUAUCAGUGCAUUGGAUCAUUGUUUGACGGCGGGUAUCAUUUUUGGGUAUCAGUUAAUGGCGAUCGGAUGGUCAACUGGGGAGGAGUUCCGACUGGAACUACGGGGUGUGCGUGUUGGAUGACGAGUAAGUUCAGCUUCACUUGUAAUUGA